AUGGCUUUGCCCACCCGCACCGAGUUCUAUCGCGACCAUUUAGCACCUUGUCGCAUUCUCCCAGGUGCGCCCAAGUACUCAGAUGUCGGCAUCUGCGUUGUUUGCCAAGAGGACUUCAACGAUGCAUCAUAUGACAUGGUCGCCGUCAGAAGCUGCUCGCACGUCUUCCAUCGCAAGUGCAUCAUCCAGUGGACCGAAACCUGGAGCUCGCCCCGCGACACAUGCCCCUCGUGUCGGGAGUCGAUGUACCAGUAUACGCCAAUGACGGCCCAUGAGAUCCAGGCCAUGCAGGAAGCGCAGGCAAUUCAAGACGCUGAGACCCGGCUAUCAGAGUUGGGUCCGUUCGCUGCAGCGAGAGAAGCUGAGCGCGUCUGGUUCGCGUCCAUGGGAGUGUCGGUCGAAGAUCUCCCCGCCUUUGACGACAUGACUGAACCGACACACUUUUCUGAUGAAGACGGCGAGGAGAUUGCGACACUUUGGAAGCGCAUCGCCAGCAUACUCUCCAACAUUUCCAAUGUACUCCGACGCAUCGCUGGGAGAAUCGCCCACGUCACCCAGAUACUCUCCUCCCUCUCCGCGAUUACCUCCCACAUGGCCACUAUACGCCCAGUCAACGCCAUUGUAUUCCCCGACGGUCCCGAUAUACUCCGAUGCAUCACAAGGAGAAUCUUCUACAUCGCCAGUAUACCAACCGUCGUUGCCGGACGCACGAAACCAAGGGGGUCACACAAGCCCGGAGCAGUCGACGCAGCUGGAGCAGUCGACGCAGCUGGAGCAGUUGACGCAGCUGGAGCGGAUGCGUGGCGUCAUAUCCAGUGA